AUGGUAUCCGUCAAACCGGCAUUGUGGCAGCUCAAUGCAUGCCUAAGAUGCGUCCGGCCCGUAACCACCACCAACGGAUUGCAUGGUUCAACAACACGUCUCUUCUCUAUUUCAGCAUCUACCCAAGAUCAGAAAGAGAUCAUCCGCGAUGCGAACGCUCCUCCGCCUCUAUCGUCAACGCCAGUGCCCUCCACUACCGCAUCGCAAAAUUCGAAACCUGAGUUCAUGCAGCAAUGGGGUACACUCGAUCCCAAACUCGUUGAGAACAAGCGCGAUGAGCGUCGUCUCAUUCGAAGAGAAGGCAUCCAGCCUGUAGGCUCCCGCCGUCGCCGAGCUGCCCUUCGGCGAUCGAACAUCAACAAGACUCCCGAAAUACCAUUCGAGCAGCUGCCGUAUCAGUGCUUUCAAGAGGCUAGAAAGAUUUUGCUAGAUGAUAGGCGCGAGAAGCUGGAGCAAAUUCAGACGCAAAGUUUGAGAAUCAGUAAUUUACUGUCUCAGGAUCCAUCAGUCAGUGGCGGAGCUCAGGCGAAGGAAGCUAGGUUGAGGAGUAUGCGGAAUCGUCUUGAAGAGCUCAUUAUCUUGGCCGAUAUCAACGACCCAAUAGUAAAGAAGAAGUUCGAGGAUGGUCAAGGAGAUAUGAAUAAACCAAUCUAUCGUUACCUCGCUGAUCAAAAGUGGCGAAAAUACAAAAGACUUGUGCUUGAGCAGCGUCUGACGCAGUUCAACAUUGUCCCUGAUCUGGUGCCUGCCCUGGUCCCCACAGCUGACGUUGACAUUGCUUUUGGUCGAAAGACCAUUGCGCCCGGGGAGUACGUGGAUUCGAUCACAAGCGAAAGCCUGCCCCGGCUCAACGUCCAGUCAUUUGAACCUGGCGAGAAACUCAUCACUGUGGUUGUUGUAGAUGCGGAUGUUCCAGUUGCAGAUAAGGAUGGUUUCUCGUACAGGUGCCACUUCGCCGCCGCUAAUAUUCCCAUUUCGCCAACGCAGACCUCAGUACCAUUCACUAGGAUUCAACACCAAGACAACAAGAUCACCGAUGAAGCGGCAAGGAGUAUUGCACUGCCGUGGGUGGCACCUUGGGCACACAAAGGUGCACCGUAUCAUCGCCUUGUUGUUUUCGUUCUCGAGCAAAAUGAGGCAAAGCCUGUGGACACUCAGUCAAUUGCGAAAACAAAGAGGGAUGGAUUCAUUCUGCGCAGCUUUAUUGAUAGAUUUCAACUGAAGCCUAUCGGUGCCACGCUGUUCCGCACUAAGUGGGAUGAAAAUAUGGCAGGCGUGAUGCAAAGGGCAGGCCUUGACGACCAAAUCAAUAUCGAGUUUAAGAGGAAGAGGGUUGAGCCAUUGCCAUACAAGAAGAGAACUGAGCGCAUGCGAUAA